GUUCACCAGAGCGCGCGCGAUGACAUAAUAGGGGACAUGACAUGACAUGUUCGCGGGAUAAAGUUGGCGAGAUGAGUGGAGUUGAUCAAAGAAUCCUCUUUUGACGACAUUUGCGUUUUGCAACCACAUUGCUGUUUCUCAUCUCCGCCAAUGCGGAUUUUGAGCGUCCAGAGCUGAAGAGCCCUAUCCGUGACACAACGUCGCCUCAUUUUUAUUGGGCUGAUAUUUUGCGCUGGACACCAAACAAGCGAGCAACAAACCACCGCUGUUUUGAAUGACACGCGACGCCAUGAAAAGUUCUGGCCCAUCAUCUCACCGGUCUUUUUCCCAACCUCAUAACCCGGUAGCGACAGAAAACGAAGCUUACCUCGCCUACCUACCAGGUCCAACAAACAGAGCGGGAUACUACUAGCGCCUUCCAAACGACCGGCCUGCCUGGGAAAAAAAGAAGAGGUCUGGCCAGAACUUGAAGUUUAAGCUUUUGCCAAGCAGAGCGUUCGGGCUGGGCGACGGGGAUUGCGCGGCUUGAGCAUGAUGUUUUCCGGCGGCCUUCGCCGGGCUUUAGCUCAGUUUGUUGACGACUCUGGCGCUUCCAAGCCCGAGAUUCCGUUCGGAGGUUUGGCAAAAGGGUCGCUUUCUUCAAGCUUCUUGGCUGGUGGUCUGGGUGGGAGGCUUGUUGGUGGUGUGAUGCCGAAGUUUGAGCGGUGGGUGACUGGACAUGGAUGAAAGGCUUUUUUCUCUUGGCCCAAGGCCUGCCCUGAUCUGGAAGUUGAAUUGAGGCUCGGCGGGUUGGCAGCGGGAGGCUCCUUGAACCUAGAACGUAUAGGGCUGACUGUGCUGGCGUGGACGACGGGAGAUACGAGCCAGAUUGUUCUUGAGUCGGAUGGUGGUUUGGUGGCUUUUUGUUAGUGUCAACGGCGUUGAGAUGGCUUUCUGGAUGGGAUGCGCAGGUUACGUGGAUUCCCAAGAGUUGCUUCAAAGAAGCCCAUCGGGACCGUCAAAAAGCGAGGCCAAAGUCGAGCACCGUAAAUUGAUGCGAAACGAGUUGAUUGAAGGGUGCUGCUUGUUCAACAAGCAGGAGGGUGAGGUUUCUGGGAAUGCCUGGGUCAAAAACCAUUUGUUGACAAGACCCCUGAAGAUGCGAGACGUCUGAGCCAGGGUCGUGGUUCCAUGCACCCCUACCCUGGGAGCAAAACACUGGAAGAAAAUUCUUAAACUGCUGAGGAAAAUGUCGUCUCCACAACCUCCUCAACACGGUUACAACCGGGGCACCGUCGCGGGGAUAUUUCGGUUUCGUAUCUCGAAGUCGAUGAGAUAAGGGUGGACAUUUCUGCGAGACCGGCGACUGCGCUUGUCUUGAUUUGGGCGACGGUGAGAUGGACGGUAAUCCGCCCAGCAAAGGAUUUGUCCAAGAAAACAGCAAUGAGAACUUGACGGAGAGGAUCAACACCGGCCGAGUCAGGAGGGAACCACGGUAUCCAUCAUUAAGGUUGCUGCCAAUGCUGAGGAAAACAGGCUCAAGGCAUAAGGUUUGGCGGGUCGGCGCGCCGUCCUAGAGGAGAGAUGGAAGCAGGCAAGACGUCAUCCCAGACUUGCCAGUCCACCCACUCAGCUUCGCAUCGCGAACACCCCCACACCGCCCGCAGGAGCAGCUCUCCGUCGGGCUGCAUCGCCGGGGUAGACGGGACGGACGAUGGGAAGAUGUUUGGUUCGGAGUUUGACUUUGAGCCAUCGUGGCCACAAAGAUCGAGGAUCCCUGGUUGAUGAAUCGGCCAGAGUCUAAUGCUGUACCCACCCUCCGGCAAUUUCGUCGUGGGUCCCCUCCGAACGUUGAGACUGAAGCCCUCGGAUGAAAAAGCAUCCCAUUGAGAGUGCCCACCAGUGCCACUCUGCUAUAAACACCUUAUCUUCCACUAGACUGGGGGAACUUGGCGACCUGUGAACUGUCAAAAAUGGGCCGCCCCGGAUGCUCGCAGGUCUUGGAACACCGGUCCCAACCAAGACGCUCGAUGCCCAUGGCCUGGUCAUCCACCCACCCAAUUCCGUCUUCCACUUUGCCAAGGUGACGGGGAUCUCGAGCCUUCAGCACACUCCACAGAAGCGUAUUCCAUAGUGGCCGACUGUUGCGGGGUGUGUUCCGCUUGUUCCUUCUUCUUAAAGUCACCAAGCCGCCCCGAUCACCGUCUUCGUCCGAACACCUCCGCCCCUCUAUCGACCCUCUUACGCUGUCCUGUCACCUCAACUUGGAUAGACAGCCCUUCUCCCCGGCCCGUCAUCAUACCCUCAACGGUUUGGACACCUAACCAGUCCAUCAACACCACCUAUACCGGUGUCACUGCAUCACUCCCAACCGACGAGAUGGCUGUCACACACGUCCACGUCGACAACAUGGCCAACAUGGCGGCCUACACGCCAAAGGAGACAGCCGAGUUGAUGUCUCGGAUUGGUGCCAUGAGAGGAAGAGCACGACCCGACAAGAUCUUCUUCUCUGCCUUCAUGGCCGGCUGUCUCGUCAGCUUCACCUCCGCCUCGGCCGUCAUCGCCACUGCCGCCCCAUGGUUCCAGGAAAACGCCCCCGGUCUGAUCAGAAUGAUCAGUGGCUUGAUCUUCCCCAGCGGCAUCGUCAUGAUCUUGAUCUCGGGCUCUGAACUCUUCACUGGUUCCAACAUGAUUACUGGCAUUGCUUGGAUGCACAGGAGGCUGCCGCUCAAGAACCUGCUCAUGCACUGGUUCCUUUGCUUCUGGGGCAACAUGGCUGGCGCGUUGUUCGUAAUGGCCAUCAUUGUUGGCUAUGGUGGCGUUUUCGACAAUGAGAUCUUCAAGCGGCAGGCUAUUGCCACUGCUCAGCUCAAGCAGAUCACUCCCCAAUGGCAUCAAAUCUUCCUGCGCGCUAUCGGUUGUAACUGGCUGGUCUGCCUCUCUUGCUAUCUCGGUCUCCAGGCUAAGGAUGUGACGUCCAAGGUCGCGGGCAUGUGGUGGCCCAUCUUCGCUUUCGUCACCAUGGGACUGGAGCACGUUGUCGCCAACAUGUUCUUCAUCCCCAUCGGCAUCUUCCUGGGAGCCCCUGGGAUUAGCGUUGGACUUUACAUAUGGAAGGGUAUGCUUCUCUUCCUUUUCUUACCUGGGUGUUUGUCGUGCAAGAUGCUAACCCGAAUCGUCCAGGCAUCAUUCCCACAACUCUCGGAAACAUGCUCGGUGGCUUUUUCUUCUGCGGCUUCUUUUACUUCUACAUGCACCUCUUGGGAGAGGAUCCUGUUGCUGUCGACGGGGUCUACUAUCAGCAGCCAGAGCGCUCUCUGGAGGAGGGCAAUCUUUUUGCCAUUCGCAGCGGCACAAUCGUCGAGGAUCGCGGUGGCAAGAGCAGCAACUCUAGCGGGGAGUUCCAGCGCACUGUUCAAACACCUACGACUGCCGCCAUCAACAAGGUUCAGUAGGUGAAUACCGACGCUGCGAUAUUGUCGUUUUUUACACCAAAGGAGUUGGAGAUCUGAAGCUUAGCUUUUCAGGCGCUGCUUGAGGCGUUACGGUCGGUACUGGGGUUUAAGUCUUUGAAGACGGGAGAAGCGAUGCCGGGGAAGGUUUGAGCCACACAAGCGGAGACACAGGCGUUCAAGGACCAUCAGCCUCGUUCCGCCUCUUGUCCCUGGCUCUCAUGCAUACCGAGGUCCCUGAGACGCAUUCUUCCCGCCGCGGUGUUUGGUUUCUGGAGAAAGCGAGCGAGUUUGUCGGAGUUGGGCUGUUCGUUUACUCGCAUCAUUGUCGGCGCAAAGAAAGAAAGAUGAUACCCUCGAUCUGCUGGGCAUAUCGGCGUUCUCUUGCACGUACCUGCGAACGCGUUUGACCAGAAGGGAGGAGGACUUGAAUAGCCGGAGUUGAGUGUGCCAGACGAAAUGUGUUCCGGGCAUGUGGCUAGUGUGGUAAUGGGCUGGAGCUGGAAUGGCAGCCUCAGAGGAAGAGGGCACUGGCGAGGCGAGUAGCAUCCGGCGGGGGGAAGGCGAGGGCCAAGAGCUCGAAGGUCUUCCGAGAGUUGAGUCGGCAUCAUCACGGCCGAUUUCUUGAGAGUCUCCGGCUCUUCAAGGACCAUGAGCUGCUUCAACGGCGCACCGGGUCCCCUAUUUUUGAGUUGGACAUAGCGUGAGCUGCCAUAAAUAGGAUCAAAUUUAUCAACUACUAUCAACCUGUCGCAUGCAAUCACACCGGGAACGUCGCGACCAAUUCAUCCCAGAUAUUGGGGACUACUGCAGGUCAGUAGAGGGUAGUUUAAAUCUUUGUUUCUCGGCCGGGACCCUCCUUACGUGGCCAGAACAGAUCGGCGAAAUAGAGCCAAGCACAUCAAGCACUGGCCCGAUGAAAGAGAUGACGUCGCAUUGGAACAAUUAAAGGUUGCGGAAACCACCUCCGCGUUCCUUUCUUCUCUUGCUGCAUCUUUCCCGUUUUUGCUUGCAACGCCACGCCCGCAUAUCCCGAAUGUCGACGAGAGGCCCAGCCAGGAACAACGGCGAC